UGAGUCAUUUCUUGGGCAAGACACCAGCAACCCGAAGAAAAAGGAAGAAUUGAAGAUUUUCAAAUCACAGGGGUACUGAUUUAAGUUUAAAAGGUUAGAGAUUUUCUACCAGACUUCAACGUUAUCUGAAAGACUCACAAACCAAGCAAGGUUUCUGUGUGAAUCAUCCCGAGUGUGAAAAUCGAGAAGAACACAAGUGGUGUUUGUGUUUUUUGCUGGCUUAUUAAGGAUAGAUUGAAUAGUGAUUUAGAUCAACAUCAAAGUCUCCAUCGGAUUGAACAUCGAGAUUGGCGGGUUCACUGUCCAACUAGUAAUUCCGCUAUGGGUUGGACUUCUCACUGAAUGUUGUGUUUGCUUAAAACAUUUGGGAUGUGAGACGUGAAAAUGGUGAAAGGUUGAAGGAGCUGUCAAUUCCUCUUUUCAAUGCGCCUUCUGAUCAGAAGAUGUUUGAUGAAGCUAAUUUCCUUCGACGAUGCUUUGCGAAGAAUAAGAUGAUAAUCAAUUAAGACUUAGUGGUGGCAAAAGACGAAAAGGGAUGGCUGAGGCUUCCGCUUACAAGGAGUAUUUAGCAGGAUUAGCCGCCGGAAUUGCUACAGUAGUGGUCGGUCAUCCCUUCGACACCGUUAAGGUGAAGCUACAAAAACACAAUACUGAAGCACAUGGAAUUAAGUACAGGAAUGCAUUGCAUUGUACCAGUAGGAUUCUGAAGAAUGAAGGAGUGAAAGGACUUUACCGGGGUGCAACAUCUUCAUUUGUUGGGAUGGCAGUUGAAGGCUCACUAUUUUUUGGAAUUUAUUCUCAAACAAAACAAUCACUUCAGGGAGAAGUGCGGAGUAGUAGGCCACAAAUCCAGGUUAUCAUUCCUGCAGCAGCUUAUGCUGGAGCUAUAAUCAGUUUUGUGUUAUGUCCAUCAGAGCUGGUGAAAUGUAGGAUGCAAGUUCAAGGGACCGACUCUUUAGUUCUCAAACAUGAUAGAUACAGUAGUCCACUUGAUUGUGCUGUUAAAACCAUAAAGACUGAAGGGGUUAAGGGUAUAUUCCGUGGAGGUUUUGCAACUUUAUUGAGAGAGUCUAUUGGGAACUCAGCUUUCUUCUGCACCUAUGAGUAUAGUCGUUACUACUUGCGUUCACAACUAAAUUCCAUCUCAUCUGAACAUAUUGCCCUGCCAACUGCAUUUAGUGAUAUAGGUAUUGGCAUAAUCAGCGGUGGGCUUGGUGGUGCGGCUUUCUGGUCGACUGUUUUGCCAUUAGAUGUGGCAAAAACUGUUAUUCAGACUUCUCCGGAUGCUAGUAGAAACCCAUUUCAGAUACUGAGCUCGAUUUACCGGAUUGCGGGCUUUAGAGGAUGCUAUGCUGGUCUGAAUCCCACAUUAGCAAGAGCAUUUCCUGCAAAUGCUGCUGCAAUUGUUGCAUGGGAGUUUUCUGCGAAGAUGUUAGGGAUUAAGAGGGACUGAAAAAGGAAAGAUUUGCCACCCACACACUGUUCCAAAAUGGAAAAUAAAGCAUGAUAAGAAAAAUUUUCAUUUUGUUUCAUUGUUGCCUAAUUCAUUCUUGUCGCAGUGGCAAUUGAUUUAAUUUGAAUGAAGGCUGGUAGCCUGGUAGAAUUGAUUAGAGGUUUCUUUUUAGUUUUUUCUCCCAUAUUUUAUUUGUGGCAGCCUGGGGAAAGAGGGGUCUGUUAUUUAGAAUUUAGAUAGUGGUUAUUCAUGUUUUUUUUUUGGGUUAGAUACACUGGUAAUUUAUGUUACUAGUGGAAUAGAGUAUUAAAAUUUUGGAUAUGAUUUGAACACUUGUCAAGCUUACCUUCUGCAUAAAGUACCAAAAAUAGACAAACUUGCAGCCCAUGGCCAA